ACUUCCCUUCCAUUUUGAAAUUGUCGCUUUUGAUCUGCGUUGUGUUUCUCAGCGCUGCGGAUUAAACUCUGAUUAUUUCUGAUCAGUUUUAUCAGUUUUAUCAGUUAAUCAGCUGAAGAUGAGUGUUAUUGAUUAUGUUCGGGACAUGGCGGCCGCCGGCCUUUACUCUAAUGUCCGGAUCCUGAGCAGCCUUCUGCUGACCAUGAGCUCCAACAACCCGGAGCUCUUUUCUCCGGCUCAGAAGUAUCAGCUGCUGGUGUAUCACGCUGAUUCCAUCUUCCAUGAUAAGGAGUACAGAAACGCAGCCUGCAAAUACAACAUGGCCCUGCAGCAGAAGAAAGUGCUGAGCAAAGCCUCUAAAGUGAGACCGUCCAGCAGCGGCGGCUCGUCCUCCGUACAGACUCAGAAUUUGCCCUCAGAGAUUGAGGUGAAGUAUAAGAUAGCGGAGUGCUACACCAUUCUGAAGCUGGAUAAAGACGCUAUCUCCGUGCUGGAUGGGAUUCCCUCCAGGCAGAGAACCCCCAAGAUUAACAUGAUGCUGGCGAAUCUGUACCGGAAGGCGGGUCAGGAGCGCUCAGCUGUUACGAGCUACAAGGAGGUUCUGCGUCAGUGUCCUCUCGCUCUCGAUGCCAUUAUUGGGCUGCUGUCUCUCUCUGUGAAGGGAGCUGAGGUGGCCUCUAUGACCAUGGACGUGAUUCAGAGCAUCCCUAAUCUGGAUUGGCUCUCAGUCUGGAUUAAAGCGUACGCCUUUAUCCACGGAGGAGACAAUCACAGAGCUAUCAAUACAAUCUGCUCUCUGGAGAAGAAAUCUCUGCUCAGGGAUAAUGUGGAUCUGUUGGUGAGCCUCGCGGAUGUUUAUUUCAGAGCCGGCGACACCAAGAACGCCAUCCUGAAAUUUGAGCAGGCGCAGAUGCUUGACCCCUAUCUGAUUAAAGGAAUGGAUGUGUACGGCUACCUUAUGGCUCGAGAGGGCCACCUAGAGGAUGUGGAGGUUCUGGGAGGUCGACUCUUCAACAUUUCUGAUCAGCACGCUGAACCGUGGGUAAUCUCGGGGUGUCACAGUUUCUACAGUAAGCGUUAUUCUCGAGCUCUGUAUCUCGGGGCCAAGGCCAUCCAGCUGAACAGUAACAGUGUGCAGGCGCUCCUCCUGAAGGGGGCAGCACUGAGGAACAUGGGUCGAGUUCAGGAAGCUAUCAUACACUUCAGAGAGGCCAUGAGACUCGCCCCCUGCCGACUGGACUGUUAUGAAGGGCUUAUUGACUGUUAUCUGGCGUCUAACGGUAUCCGGGAGGCGAUGGGAAUGGCCAACAACAUCUACAAAACCCUCGGAGCCAACGCCCAAACUCUCACCAUCCUGGCCACAGUGUGUCUGGAGGAUCCCAUGACCCAGGAGAAAGCCAAAACCCUGCUGGAUAAAGCCCUCGCCCAGCGGCCCGAUUACAUCAAAGCUGUGGUGAAGAAAGCAGAACUCCUCAGUCGAGAACAGAAGUAUGAAGAGGGAAUAGCUCUGCUCCGGAACACGCUGGCCAAUCAGAGCGACUGCAUGCUCCAUCGAAUGCUGGGAGAUUUUCUAGUAGCUGUUAAUGAUUAUCAGGAGGCCAUGGAUCAGUACAGCAUAGCGCUGAGUCUGGAUCCGAACGAUCAGAAGUCUCUGGAAGGGAUGCAGAAGAUGGAGAAGGAGGAAAGCCCCACGGACGCCACGGUGGAGCUGGACGGGGACGAUAUGGAGGGCAGCGGGGAGGAGGGGGACCUGGAGGGCAGCGACAGCGAGGCGGCGCAGUGGGCUGAUCAGGAGCAGUGGUUCGGCAUGCAGUGACAUCGUCCUGCUGCACCUCACAGUCUCUGAGGGCUGGAUCUCUUAUAUCGUAAUGCAGCGGAAUUUUAUAUAUAUUCUAUAUUAACAGCCUGAACUGACCCUAGAUCAGCACUGUGACUCUCGAGGAAUUUCAGAGCCACUGUAGGAGAGUCCUGCCUACUGAUUAAACAAAUAAACAGCGCCUCCUGCUGGCUGGGAGAUGUGGCCAAACGGCGCAAGCAGAGAGAAGUCCUGAUAAACAUCUGAUCUGGAGUUUUAAAACUGAAAACCAGCCGGAAUACGGACGAUACAGCUAUAUCUUAUAGAGAGAAGGGUUUGGGAAGAGUGCUGGCAACCACUAUAGAAGAGAAGCACAGUGGAAUCUCCUCUAGCUCUAUGGUGUGUGAAGAGUGUAUGUGCGCACAGUGCUGCCAAUACUCUGGUGAACUACACACGUUUGAAUUGCCCCUGAUAUGAUGAUGUUCUUCUUCUCUCUUUCUUUUGCCUGUGGUUUUUACUGAACUUCAUUCAUAACAUGAUCUUAACUAAGUAAGAGUCAUUGUUCUCGGCCUUGUAAAUCUCCAAUAAGCUUUAUAAGGACUUGAUAGAGAAUAACGGAUAGAUCUGUCUGAAAGGAGAAAAAAGAAAAAGCGUUUAUUAACAGACAGCAGCAGAUCCAGGCCAAAUCUCCUGAGGUGCUCUUCCUGCUUCUUCUAUUCUGUGGUUUUGCUUAUUUUUUACUCUAAUGUUUAAAACGUGUAUGGUAUUGUGAACUGUGAAUAAUACUAUUUUUUUUGAAUGUUAAAAAAAUAAAAUAAAAAAAUCAUGACGGAUGCUUA